AUGGCACCGAGCUUCGCGAGAAGUGUCUUCAAGGAUUCGAGUGAUGCGAGGAUGGCGUCCAGACAAACGCACUUUGCGAGCCUGACGCCUCAAGAACAGACGAGGCAGAACAUGUGGGCACAGACUAUGAUUCAGAGAAUCAACCCUUGCCCUCAAGGCUAUGAGUGGAAUAGGAUAGACGCCCCGUCCGGAUAUCAUUGCAGAGGAAGAAAUCAUUUCAUCUCUGAUGAGCUGCUUGCUGAAGGUAAGGGCGGUAUUUACGUGGUGCCCGGUGGCAAGAUCAAGAAGAUGGAUCCGCUAUGGGGGCCGUACUAU